GUGGAUACCUAUAAAUAUAUCCUCAUGUAAAAAGAAAAAAUUUUCUUCUCGUUUCCCAAAUCUUUUGUACCGCUCCGUUGCGCCCAUCUCCUUCCUGUCGCUAGCGGCGGAGUUACAUUGUCGGCGGCAGAGCAAACCGGCGACAGUGGAAUCUCGAAGCUCACAAGCUCGUUAUGCUCGAUUCUUAAAGGAUAUUUCGACGAUAUUUUCGUUUCUCUUGUUUUCCUAUAGGAUCGGGAUUCUUCUCCAUUCUCACCACGGAUCCGGUGAUUUAGGGUGCUAAUUGAUUGAUCGAUUAUGGAAAGGGGUGGUGCGUCGGGUGAGCGGUCACGGAUUACUACGAAGACUCCUCGGAGCUCUUCGAAUUGCUUAAGUUUAAAGGAAAAAAGCGAUGGGCUUUGCGGGAGUGUGUCCUGUACUGGAACUAGGCGGAAUUUUCAGAAGAGGGGAUCCAAAGUGAUUGUCAGUGACUCCGAAUCAAGUGAUGAGUUUAUGAAACCUCCACCUAGGAGCGUUGACCGCAAAACCCUUGCAUCGAAAGAGAAGUUUGCUCGGAAGAAGGAUAGGGCUAAGCAUGAUCGAAAUGAGUUUGUGAGGAGGAACAACGAUGCGUCAGGCAACUUAGAUGUCUUUGAGUUCGACGAGUACGAUGGGUUUGAUAGCGCAAAUUUGAGGAGGAGACGUUUUGAUAACGGCCGUGUUGGUGUUAGCGGAAGAAGCUCUUUUGCACCCAGAAGGGUCGAUAGUAGUGGGGAAGGGUCUGGAUCAGGCAGGGACGGUAUAUUCGUUAGGAGAAAAAAACCAUUCGUAAAUGGCGCGACUAGUAUGGGUUCGCAGGAGAAGCUGAGUAGUGAAUCUGAUUCUGAUGAACCAAUAAGGGUGCAAGGGAGAAACGGUGUACUCAAGGUGAAGGUAAACAGUAAGACGAGCACUCUUCCUGCUUCAAUCAGUCACCAGGAAGCAGAAAUAUAUGAGAGGCCGCCUUCAUCUAGGAAGGCACGAAAGCUUGAGAAUGUUGUAGUAAAGCAAAUCCUUAGGAGAUCAAACAAUGCUGACACUGAUUCAGAGUCAGAAGAUAGCGACAAGUCGAGGAAAUCGAAGAGGAGGAAGCCAAAGUGCCAGAAUUCCAAGAAGGAAGUCAAUACCAAGCCUAAAUCGUUAUUUUCUGAACCGGUGAAGCCUGCUGUGAGGGAAGAAAGAGGAGGACGGCGUAGUGGUGGAACAGAGAAGCAAAGGUUACGCGAGCGCAUUAAGGGAAUGCUUACUGAUGCAGGAUGGACUAUAGACUAUAGGCCUAGAAGGAACCAGAGUUACCUGGAUGCUGUUUAUGUAAACCCAUCAGGAGUCGCAUACUGGUCAAUAAUUAAAGCGUAUGAUGCACUUCGGAAGCAGUUGAAGGACGAAGAAAUUGAUGCUAGAUCUGGGAAGGAUGCUGCUGCAGUUGCUUCAGUAUCAGAGGACAUUGUGAACAAUUUAGCAAGGAAGGUGAAGAAGACACGGACUGAGAUGUCGAAGACACAGAAAAAGGAUUCCAGUGGUAGCGAGAGUGAUGGAGAUGAUGAAGGAGGAGUGGACAGCGAUACCCGUGAAGAGAGGAUGGGUUCAUUCGUAAAGCUGUCUGGGAAAUCGAAAAAAAGAGGAAGAAGCGAUGGGGAUGAUUUACACUCGAAGAGUAAAAGGUUGCCGUACUAUCAUGAUGCAAGGCCAUCCUCUAGAUCAGAUUCACAUUAUCUACAUGGAAGAAAAAGCAAAAAAAUUGGAAGAUGUACUUUGAAGGUGCGUAGCUCUGAGGAUAAAAAGAAUCCAGCGAUCAACGGCUUCAAUCCAUACUCUGGCAAAAGGACAUUGCUCUCUUGGUUGAUUGAAUGUGGAGUUGUCCAAUUAAGACAAAAGGUGCAAUACAUGAACCAUGAAUGUACAAAGGUGAUGCUGGAGGGUUGGAUUACAAGAGCGGGAAUUCAUUGUGUUUGCUGCAGUAAAAUCCUCACGCUUUCCAGGUUUGAGAUCCAUGCUGGGAGCAAGUCAUGUCAGCCUUUCCAAAACAUUUAUCUGGAAUCUGGCAGUUCUCUUCUUCAUUGCCAAAUCAAAGCGUGGAAUAUGCAAAAAGAUGCUGAGAAUCUUGGUUUUCAUAACGUGGACACCGAUGGUGAUGAUCCAAAUGACGAUGCUUGUGGUAUAUGUGGCGAUGGUGGAGAUUUGAUUUGCUGUGACGGUUGUCCAUCAACAUACCAUCAAACCUGCCUAGGUAUGGAGGUGCUUCCUGUGGGUGACUGGCACUGUCCAAAUUGCACAUGCAAAUUUUGUGAUGCUGCUGUGGAUUCUGGUGGCGAGGAAAAAAGUCAUUUGUCAUUACUUUCCUGCAAGAUGUGUGAGAGAAGAUAUCACCAAUCAUGCAUGAGUGAGUUGGAAGCUCAUAAGGUUCAGUCUCUUGGUUCAGCUUCUUCAUUUUGUGGACCUAAGUGCUUAGAGCUCUUCGAAAAAUUACAGAAGUAUCUUGGUGUCAAAAACGAAAUAGAAGGCGGCUACUCAUGGUCUCUUAUACGUAGGGUGGAUACGGAUUCAAAGUCAAACCCUCGAUUGUCGGCACAAAGGAUUGAAAAUAAUUCAAAGCUUGCUGUCGGGCUGGCUAUCAUGGAUGAAUGUUUUUUGCCCAUAAUUGACAGAAGGAGUGGGGUUAAUCUAAUUCGCAAUGUCCUUUAUAACUGUGGAUCCAAUUUCAACCGGAUUAAUUAUACUGGCUUCUACACUGCUAUCCUAGAGAGAGGAGAUGAAAUUAUAUCUGCGGCAUCUCUAAGGUUCCAUGGUAUGCAAUUGGCGGAGAUGCCAUUUAUUGGAACCAGGCAUAUAUAUAGGCGUCAAGGAAUGUGUCGACGCCUUUUUGAUGCAAUUGAAUCGGCUAUGCGUUCUCUCAAGGUUGAGAAAUUGGUUAUCCCUGCGAUUCCAGACUUCUUGCAUGCGUGGACUGGUAACUUUGGAUUCAGUCCUCUUGAUGAUUCAGUUAGGAAAGAGAUGAGAUCCCUCAACACGCUGGUAUUUCCUGGGAUAGACAUGUUACAUAAACCUCUGCUCCAUGAAGAAAACGUUAUAGAUGUUGUCGUACAUAAGGAUGCCAUGACUUCGGAGAUAGAGACAGAAGAGAAAACAAUCCAAGCCAUGGACACGACUUCCAAGCCGGGUGCUGAUGAAUUGAAGAGACAUACUCCUGGUGAAGAAUGUGGCAUUAGCUCUUUUUCUUGUCAGAUCACAUCAAAACCUGGCGCUAAGCGAUGUGAAGAUACAGGAUCAUCAUGCCAAGAUGUGAACAUAGAAGCUGUUGCGAGGUUGCUUUCCCUGGAAAUCCUACAAGCAUCAGCUGAUUUUCAGGCUGAAAACAAUCUCUCGUCAUCUAUUUCUGGUAAAGGAUCAUCAGAUAUGGGCUCUAUCUCCCAAGAAGCCAAGACUGAACAAAACUCUACAAAUGAAGACGCCAUUCUUUCAUCGUUGUGAGAUGUUCAUUCCAGUGAAAGACCUCUUGUGGAUUUGAUGCUCAUCACCAUCAAGCUUGCAUUCAUCAUAGGUCGAGAUUAGGUGAAUGAGUGAGAGUCCUCAGUUUGACACAUAAUUUGUGAUCAAGUUAAAUAUAGAGUCUAGUUUCUCAGUAAAUCCUACAAGCAUCCACUGACUUUGAGGUUGAAAACAAUCGCUCGUCUCAGUUUGAAAGGGUUGACAAGAGACACGAGGAGCUUCGAGUUGUCUGAUUUCGAGAAGCAAAAACAUGUUCGGUAAAGUUUCCAUUUAGAUCAAGCUCGUGGGAGCUCUCUGGCGCAUUCUCUACUUUGAUCCCAAACAUCGAGUCAUUUCAACAGAGUAGUACCACAAAAAGUAAUGUCAUAUACUCGUAUAGAUCUUAUGUAAUCAUCAUAUCUCGUUUUGUUCUUUGACGUUGGUGUUUACUAUUUUUUUAUAAACUUGGGAUAUUACAAAGUAUAAUGUGCCACCACAUGAUAACAGGUAUUUAGUUAUACUUUCUCCUUACGUGCAACAAAAUAAAAAUGCCCUCCUUGUUAAAA